AAAUCAAAGAUUAAAUGUUACAUUGAAAAUGAGGAAGCAGUCUUACCGACAAAGGCUCACAACACCGACGCUGGAUUUGACCUAUACUAUCCCGGCAAAAAGAUAUUCAUCCUACCAGCUGAAGAAACUACGGUAAUCGACCUAGGAAUCGCCGUAGAAAUCCCUGAAAAUAGCAUGAUGCAAUUAGCAUCAAGAUC